AUGGAGCCAAAAAGAAGAGAUGAAGUCAAAUAUAGAAUUUCCGCUAUGAAAUCAUGUGCCGCCCAGCUAUUUGCAACGAUUUUUUACAAUAAAUUGUCAAUUGAUUAUAGAGUUGUCCACAGGUUUCGGAUUUGGCAGCAGAUUUUUUUAAAUAAUGUAAUGCAAGGAAUAGAAAGUAAGCAUUUAAACCGGCAGCUAAAGCUCAAAAGGACGAUUUUGGUGUUAAUGAGCACUAUUGUAGCAAAGCAUAAGCAAAAAGCUUUUCAUAAAUGAAUGAAAAAGACCAAAUUGGCUUGCAUGAAUUGUAUAUCUGAUAAUCAUCUAAAAGCAGCUUUGAAUAUUUCAGCUAUUUUAUUAAGAUUAGAAAACUCAAACGUAUGUGAAAGACUUUUCCCUAUUUUUUAUGCAAAUAGUUUAAAUUGAUGUGUUUCGAAAAGAAAAUUAGCAUUUUCGAUGUGGAAGAAAAAUAUUGUUAAAAGUUUAUUGUGUGAAAAUAGAAGAGAAAAUGCAGUUAUAAGACUUUUUUAUGCACUUGGGAAAAAAGUUAAUCCAAUUAUUUCGCAUUCUCUAAAACAAAUGCAAAUACGUGGAGGAAAUUCACUAGGAACACUGAUGCUUGUUUUAACGAUGAGAAGGAUCUUACAAGCAAAUUUGUAUACUGGAUUUUUAAGUCUGAAGAAAAUUCGCCCAUUUAUGCAAGUAAAAAAUUGAAAUUCCAAAGAAAAGCAGGUGAAACUGUCAUCAUUACAAAGAGUUGCGACAUUCGAUAGGCUGAAUCGCUUAGUUACCAAAAAAUCCGAAAUAAAUUCUGAAUUUUUGCAGCUAUUUAUGUGCUUUAUGAUAUGAAAAAAAUCAUUUUCUCACACUAGUUUGGAAAAUUCAAUGCAAUUAUACAUGCUUGCCCCUAAUCAAAGAUUGAAAGAAAUUUCUGUGAUUUUUUUAAAUGCUGUUUAUUCUCAUCAAAAAAGAAUCAAAAUCCUCAGGAAAUUUUCUAAUUGAAAAAAUAAAUCAAAUAAGCAGGUGAUAAAGAAGCCUCAAUGAUCAAUAGACAAAUAUAUCAUAGAAAACCAAGCUAAAGUAGCAGCUUCUAUCGAAACCCAGAUAAUUACAAGAGGCAAUGAUAUAGCAAAGCUAAAACAAAAACAAAAAAUAAAAACACUGUCAUUUAUUUUUCGAAAAUCCCUGAAAAUGCAUAUUCAAAUUUGAAGAAGCCGUAUAAAAGAUGUGAAGGAAAAAAAUGGAAUCAGCGAUCCAUUGUUUGAUUACAUUAGAUAUUUAGAAGAUAAACUUGGGCUUUCUUCAAAAGUCCCAUAUCGCCCCUGAAUUAUUUUAGAUCGUUAUGACCAUCUAUUUUUAUUUUCAAAACUAACUUAUACUUUUCAGCUUUUUUGAGAAGUAAAAACUAAAAUGACAAUCUCCGUUUAUGGUUUAAUAUACCUAAUCAGACUUAGACUGCAUAAAGCAGUUGCUCUAGGUCAUAUUUUUUCUGGUCGGCAUUCUGCUGGGUUAUAGCAAUCUAUUAUGGUGCAUAAAUUAUACCUUCUCGGGCUUUUGAAUCAGAACAAGCGCUCUUCGAAAUUCCCAGCAACAUAA